GACCGACAUAAAGUUCAAACCUACUCCUCAGCACUACAAACUACAGGUAAAUCUAAGGAGCUGAAGUGGGAGAGUGAAGCAGAAAAAAAUGGCCAGGGCCACGGCGUCGUUUUUUCUCGGUACACUGGUUCUCUUCGGAACCCUAGCAUUCAUCCAGGCGAAGAAAUCGAAGGAGGAUCUAAAGGAAGUGACCCACAAAGUCUACUUCGACGUUGAGAUUGAUGGAAACCCAGCUGGUCGUGUUGUCAUAGGUCUCUUUGGAAAGACGGUCCCUAAGACCGCUGAAAAUUUCCGAGCACUAUGCACAGGAGAGAAAGGUAUUGGGAAGAGCGGAAAACCUCUUCAUUACAAGGGAAGCUCAUUUCACAGGAUUAUUCCUAGCUUCAUGAUUCAGGGAGGUGACUUUACACUUGGUGACGGAAGAGGUGGAGAAUCAAUUUAUGGAGAGAAGUUUGCCGAUGAGAAUUUCAAGCUAAAGCAUACUGGUCCAGGGCUUUUGUCAAUGGCAAAUGCUGGUCCAGACACCAAUGGUUCACAAUUCUUCAUCACAACUGUGACAACUAGCUGGUUGGAUGGUAGACAUGUUGUGUUUGGAAAGGUGCUAUCCGGAAUGGAUGUUGUCUACAAAAUUGAAGCUGAAGGAAGGCAGAGUGGCACACCAAAGAGCAAAGUUGUGAUUGCAGACAGUGGUGAAAUUCCUCUCUAAACACCCGCUGUAUUUUUAAGUUCUAAGAACGUAUCUGGCUUCCCUCGAACUUCCCUGUGAUCAAGAUGUUAUAUUAUAUAUCAUGUAGUUAUUUACUAGUUAAUAAUGGCUGUUUUGAAUUUCUUUUCAUUUUUGUUGGACAGUUACUAGUUAUUUAUGUGGACUUUAUGGACAACUUUUUUGUUAUCUA